UGGGUAGAGAGUUCCGUUUUACGCCACCUGUGGCCACCUUAGUGCGACGAAAAUUAAAUAGAACUGAAGUUUGUCAGAACUUGUUGAAAUUUAUUAAUUAUAUGCUAAAAUGAUAAACUUAAAUAUGAUAUUUUAUUUAUAUUUUAACUUUAACUCUCAUAACAUGGCAAAUAAAUUGAUUUCUUUAAUCAAUAUAAUUUACGUCAUAUCCUGUUUGUGAAAUCUCACACCAUCUUUUUGAUUCCUUCGCGUUAAAAUCGUUCAAAAUUUCAAGAUGUAUGAAUUCUCUCCUCCGAGAUAGAUUUUCAAGGUUUGACAAAAGUUUAUUACGAUUUAUUUGUUUACAAAUGUGAAAUUACUUGUUCGACAGCACAGGAUAAUAUGUUGUGAAGGUGGCGCAUUAGGCCACAAGUUAAGGUUCCAUCCCUGCUGGUCAAGUGCCUUUCAAUUGCAGUCUCCCUACUGGACCAUCCCAGGAUGUUUCUUUCCUUUAUUAUUUGUUUUUUUCAGGAAUCUUACAAAAUAUUAUUAUUUUGAAGUAAACUGUAGCUCAAUGGAAAUAGAUUCUGCUCUUCAUGAGCUCUACCAACUUAACGGAUUGUCAAAUAACUCACUGGACAAUGUUGAUGAGAAAAUUAAGAAAAAAUGUUCUUCAGACUUAAAAGAUCCUUGUGAAACCACUUCAUCUUCUUCUACCAUGGAACUUGAUUCAGCUCUUCAUAAGUUAGGAAUGCUCAGCAGCGUGACAGGUAGUCGGAUCAACUACCUGGAAGAAAAGGCAAAAAAGAAACGUUCCAGUCAUUCCUUUUCUUCUGCUCCUCUCUGUGUUGUACAAAUGAAUCCAAACUUUAUAAAAAAAUUUUCUCUAUCUAAAAAAUCUAGUGCUAGUGCAGAAAGCGAAUCUGAUGAUGAAUCUUACCCACAAGCAAGCUUCAGCUCUUUCACAUCCCAUCCUAGCAAGUUGCAUCGCCGCCUACGUCGGUCUCAAAAUAUGCCUUACUUCAAGCAAGCGCGCUUAAAAAGUAGCAUUCCCGUAGGCACUGUUUUCGUCUUACCUCCCGAAACAGCUAGUCCACCUUCAGUGUCGAGGCAAGACAGUGGCAACAAGUCUAAUCCGAGUAGCCCAGUCAAAAGCCAAAGUUCACUGACCAGUCAAGGAAGCUCAAUAACACGCUCACGUUCCUUAGAUGAUUUGGAAAUAAUAGAUUGUCCUCCCGAUUGCUGUUGUCCAUAUACUGCUGUUAGAACUGAUAUAGAUACUGUUUCUCAAUCAAUAAGCCAACUGCAUGUUAGUUGAAGUAUGUGGCUCAUAAUUUCUCCCAGUGAUAUGCUAUAAUUAUUAUAACUAUGCUUUUCUGAAACUAGAACCUUAAAGUGCUCUCGUUAUUGUGAUCAAAAUUAUCAGAGGAUUUGAUGAAUUGUACAGUAUGUGGAAAAGCACAAUUAUCCAUACAGUUAUUAUGUGUAUAUAAAUAUAUGCAUAGAUAUAUAUUUUCCUUUUUUUUAAUGUAAAUGCAAGGUAACUGUAAAGCAGUAUUUAAAGUCAUUAAUUGAAAAAAAAUAUGGUCAAUAAGUUAAUGCAAGGUUGACAAGUUUCUGCCGAGGUGGUUAAAACCAUUGGUAGAAACCGGUUAAAACUGGCAUGGCAGAAACUCUUUUUUGCCACAUUUGUGGCAGAAAUUCAGAAAAUGACAUAAAAGUAAGUAGUGAGAUUGACAUACAAUGGAUAUUUCAUAGAAAAAACAAUUAAAUGUUAAACAAAGUACAAUUUAUUUACAAAAUUAUCACCAUUCAAAAUCAAAUAUUACAGUGUUUGCACUCUGCAGUAAUCUAUAACAAAAAACAAGUUUUGAUGCAGUUUCUAAACCUAAACAAUUUCUGAAUUUGCUAUGCACGAACAAGAAAUUUGAGAAAAUUCUCGCAAGUUCAGCAGAACUAGCAGGCAUUGCCUUUAAGAAACAAGCAAGAUUUGUGAAACUUUCCUCUAUUGCAUAUUUUUUAAAACUGGACCACCAUGCCGAUUUGUUUUGCAAUGCUAUGACAAUAAUAUUUACAAACUAUGAAUUAAAAAGUUUGUGACAGUUACAUGGAGUUACAUUUUUCAGUUUACUUAAACAAAAUGUCAUUAAGCAAUUACUAAAACUAAUAUAGAAGUUUUUUUAGUUUCUGCCAGUUUUUACCGGCUAUAACCAGUUUCUGCCACUGGCCUGGCAAAAACCAGUUUCUGCCGGCAAAAAGCUAGCCCUGAGUUAAUUUGCAUCAAUUUAUAUAAAUUCCUGUUUUAGUCAAUAUUAUUUAAUGGUAAUUUAUCUUAACUGUAAUAUUUUUGAUUUUUUUCAAGAUAAAUUGUUCAAAAAAAGUCAUUUUUUUCUUUUGUUGGCACUUGUCUGUUAACUGAGGGCAAGUAAAUUCAACAAUUUUUAUUUUAUUAUUUUUUUUUUUAAACCUAAAAUAAAAUGGAUGUUCCUCCUAAACAACACUAAAGAAAAUUGGUGAUUUUUUUUAGUGCAAGGCUGAUGUGAAGUUCUUUUUUUGUUUUGUUUGGACAAAUAUAUUUAAUUGUUAAAAAGGCUUGAAAAUAAUCUAAACAAAAUUUAGCAAUAUUGUUUUCUUACAAGUAUAAGUUAAAUAUGCUUACUAUUGUGAUUUGUGUCCAACUUAAAAAACUGAUUUUAUUUUAUUCAACCUAUGUCUUUUAAUUAUAUUUUUAUAAAAUUUUGAAUGAUUGUCACCCAUUUUUUUAUUUUGAAAUCUUGUUUAAGUAGUUAAAUUUAAAAAUUUAGCAUUAUUUUUCAAAUAAAUUUCUGAAAAAACUUUUAUUUACUUUACAUUAAUUUUAGAAAUCUUGAAGUGGUACUUUAAACCAAUGCUUUAUCUAGUGUACGAAUUUCAAUACAUUCAUUUUUUCUAAAUUGGUACUUAUUUUUAUUAAAAUUGUUAGAAGUGAGUGAUUCUGGUUUUAUUACAAAAUAUUAAAUUAGAUUUUACAAGUGUUUGUUUUCUGGAUAUAGAAGUACUUAAAAUGAAAUUUUUUUGUUUAAGUAUAUGUGUAGCUUAUUCGAUUGUAUUGAUAUAUUUAUUAUUUGCGAAUUGUUCAUAUUUCUUAAAAUGUAUUUCAAAACAAAUGUAUUGUUUUAAUUUAAAAAAUAUUUUUGGUCUACCAUGCUUCUAAUAGUAAAAUAAUGUCUGGGAAUUUCAGAAUGUAUCAAGUUAUUCAUAAAUAAAUCAAAAGUAAUGUUUGUUACAAUAUUUACAAUUUGGUGUAAUUGAUGUAACAAUAUUAAAACUUGUACAAAUUUAUGUAUUUGCAAAGUAUCUGUUUCAGCAUUUUAUUUAAUAUAGCUUCAUUUGUACUUCAUAGAAGAUAUGACUUAUUUAUUUUUAAAUAGACAAAAACAGGGAACAUUUAUUAAUUCAGCUGGUAUUAUUUCAAUUUUCUUUACUGAAAACUAUUGGAUUCAGAAUAAAUACAACUAAAAUUUGAGGAUCUUAAACAAAGUCCAAAAUAUUUUUUAAGAUAUUAAGAAGAAAAAAAAAUUUAAUUUCUGAUAAAAAUAUUUCUUACAAUAGAAAUUUUCAUUUUAUAAUUAAAAAAAAGACAGUUUUUUAAUUUCUGUUUUAACAUUUUUAGUUUUAAUAGUAUUACAUUAUAGGGGAGAUUCUGGAAUAUUUAUUCUCCAUAUUUAACACAUGUUUAUAAUUUAGUUGACUCUUUUUCAUAUUUCUGUACUUGAAACUAUUGAAUUAAAAGUAAAACAAUAGAAAUGUAAUCAAAUUCAGUGUUUUAAACUAUGUAAAUCCUCUUCAAAACAAUAUUGGCUAAAGUUUUCUUCUUGUCAAUAUUAAAAAAAUAAUUUUUAUUUAAGAAAAAAAAAAUCAAAAUGCUGUUAAUGUUGUUUUUCUAUUACUGGAAACUAUUGGAUUCAUAAAAGAGUAAUUUAACCAAGUUUGGAAGAUAUAAGUGUAAGUACAACAUAUUUAUGUCAUUUUAAAACAGUAGUAGGAAAGUAGGAAUUUUGACUGAAAAAUGAUUCAAAACUUUCUUCAUAAUUAUUAAGAAAAAACUAUUAAUUUCAAAAAAGCUAUAUCUAUUUACUAAAACCUACUUUUUACAUUUUUUACAGAGAAAGAUGUAGAAUUUCUGUGAUUCAUUUUGUGUCAUGGCGAACAUUUUUUCCCUGUUAAAAUAAAUAUAUAUAUUUUUUGAAAAAAAAAGAAAGAUUAGAUGUGUUGCAUUUGGUGAUGAGUUUCUUUUAUUAUUUUGGAAAACUUAAGGUGGUAAGUUUCUCCUUAUGUUCAAUAUAUAUAUUGAAGCUUUUUUCUUUUGUUGUAGUUAGUGUGUACAUAUUUCUGAAUGUUUGUCUUGUACUAGUCCUCAUGAAUGUAUAAUGAAAAAUGCAUUUUCAUUUUUCAUUAAUUGAAUGAUACCUUGUUUUGUGUUUUUGAUUUAAUAUCAUGGUUUUGAACUCUAUUGGUGUAAACUUAUACAUUUCUGAUAAGUUUUUGUUUCUUUUUUGUUGUAUCUUAAAAGUUAACUGAGUUACAUGUGAUUUAUGUUUCUCAUUGUUAAACAUUUUCUGCUAUAAACAUUUACAUUAAAAUUGGAGAAAAAAAGUC